AACACGGCGAGGAUAAAGCAAGAUGGCGUCUGACGGUGAAGACGUUAGUGCAGUGUUCUUAAUCUGUGCGUCCAUGUACACAUAUAUGUCCUUUAUUACACUCUAUUAAUUAAUAACUGUUUGUAUAUUAGUCUGAGUGCACUUUGAUGCUAUCUUAGCUUGUUAGCUGCUAACAAAGAAGUGAUGAAAACACAUCGCUAAGCAGAGAUCAAGUGUGAGUGUAAAGUGUUGUGAUUGUGUGAAAAUGUGCGAAAGAACCAUAGCAGAGUACGAGGAGGAACUUUGUCCAACAAAAGAGGAGAAGGAGCGACAACAUCAAGUUGUGUUACACACAACAGACAUCCAUCAGCUGAUUGGACACAUAGAAGAAUGUCUCCCUCAUCUGCAGGGGGACAGUUUCACUUUAGAGGAUCCACAGCUCUCACAUUUUAAAGGGGACGAGGAGGAUCCACAGCCCCCUUAUUUUAAAGAGGAAGAUGAGGGAGAGUGUCCUGUAGGGCAGGAGGAGGAUGAUGUCAUGACUGUUGUCUCUGUGAAGACUGAAGAGCAUGAAGACAAAGCAUGUGAGUCCUCACAGCUUCAUCACAGUCCAAACGUCCAGCAGCCCCCCCACAUUAAAGAGGAAGAGGAGGAUCCAAAGCCCCCCCACAUGAAAGAGGAAGAGGAGGAUCCACACAUGACAGAGGAAGAGGAGGGAGAGUGUGUUGUAGGGCAGGAGGAGGAUGAUGUCAGCGAGUUUCCACUGACUGUUGUCUCUGUGAAGACUGAAGAGCAUGAAGACAAAGCACCUGAGUCCUCACAGCUUCAUCACAGUCCAAACGUCUGUAAAGAACAACUUCUGCCUGAAAAACAGGAGAGUAGCUCCAGGAUGUUGAAGGAGGAUCCACCAAAGAGGAAAACCAGACACCACGGACCCUCUGGCUUCUCCUUUUCCUCUUUGACACAGACCCUUUGCUGUAAAAAGAAAGAGGAAGACUCACUGACCCCCCACAUUAAAGAGGAAGAGGAGGAACACAGCAUCAGUCAGGAGGGAGAUCAUCUUGAAGGACUGGUGGAGUUCCCAGUGACUGGUGUCCCUGUGAAGAGUGAAGAUGAUGAGGUCAAAGGUGAGAGUGAGGAGAAGAGAAGCAGCAGCUCAACACAACACAUGACAACAGAAGCUGAUGGAGACCACUGUGGAGGAUCACAAGCAGACAAGAUCUUAGCUCCACUAUCAGAUAGUGAGGACACAACGUCACACUCUCCUGACACUGAUGAUGAACACUCUAAAGAUGAUAAGACAUGUCACACUGACAACACUCACUUCACAUGUUCUCACUGUCACACAACUUUUAAUCGCCGCGGUAAUCUAAAAGUACACAUGAGAACACACACUGGAGAAAAAACUUUUAUCUGUUCAAUCUGUAGUAAAGGUUUUGUAGAAAGUCACAAAUUGAAAAUACACAUGAAAACACACACUGGUGAAAAACCUUUUUUUUGUUCAAUCUGUGGUAAAGGUUUUACACAAAGUCAAUCUUUGAAAAAACACAUGAGAACACACACUGGUGAAACACCUUUUUCUUGUUCAAUCUGUGGUAAAGGUUUUACACAAAGUCAAUCUUUGAAAAUACACAUGAGAACACACACUGGUGAAAAACCUUUUUCUUGUUCAAUCUGUGGUAAAGGUUUUGCACAAAGUCAAUCUUUGAAAAUACACAUGAGAGCACACACUGGUGAAAAACCCUUUUCCUGUUCAAACUGUGGUAAAGGUUUUACACAAAGUCAAUAUUUGAAAGUACACAUGAGAAGACACACUGGAGAAGAACCUUUUUUCUGUUCAACCUGUGGUAAAGGUUUUACACAAAGUCAAAAAUUGAAAAGACACAUGAGAACACACACUGGUGAAAAACCCUUUUCCUGUUCAACCUGUGGUAAAGGUUUUACACAAAGUCAAGAUGUGAAAGUACACAUGAGAACACACACUGGUGAAAAACCUUUUUCCUGUUCAACCUGUGGUAAAGGUUUUACACAAAGUCCAUAUUUGAAAAUACACAUGAGAACACACACUGGUGAAAAACCUUUUUCCUGUUCAACAUGUGGUAAAGGUUUUACACAAAGUUCCUAUUUGAAAGUACACAUGAAAACACACACUGGUGAAAAACCUUUUCCUUGUUCAAUCUGUGGUAAAGGUUUUACACAAAAUCAAUGUUUGAAAAUACACAUGAGAUUACACACUGGUGAAACACCUGUUUCUUGUUCAAUCUGUGGUAAAGGUUUUACACAAAGUCAAAAUUUGAAAAUACACCUGAGAGCACACACUGGUGAAAAACCUUUUUCUUGUUCAAUCUGUGGUAAAGGUUUUACAACAAGUCAAUCUUUGAAAAUACACAUGAGAGCACACACUGGUGAAAAACCCUUUUCCUGUUCAAACUGUGGUAAAGGUUUUACAACAAGUCAACAUUUGAAAGUACACAUGAGAAGACACACUGGAGAAAAACCUUUUUUCUGUUCAACCUGUGGUCAAAGUUUUACACAUAGUCAAUCUUUGAAAACACACAUGAGAGCACACACUGGUGAAAAACCUUUUCCCUGUUCAACCUGUGGUAAAGGUUUUACACAAAGUAAAAAUUUGAAAGUACACAUGAGAACACACACUGGUGAAAAACCAUUUUCCUGUUCAACCUGUGCUAAAGGUUUUAAACUAAGUCAAGAUUUGAAAGUACACAUAAGAACACACACUGGUGAAAACCCUUUUUCCUGUACAACCUGUGGUAAAGGUUUUACACAUAGUCAAUAUUUGAAAGUACACAUGAGAACACACACUGGUGAAAAACCUUUUUCCUGUUCAACCUGUGGUAAAGGUUUUACACGAAGUCAACAUUUGAAAGUACACAUGAGAACACACACUGGUGUAAAACCUUUUUCCUGUUCAACCUGUGGUAAAGGUUUUACACAAAGUCAACAUAUGAAAGCACACAUGAGAAGACACACCGGAGAGAAAGUGUUGAGUUGCAGUGUGUGUGGUGAAAGAUUCUCUUAUAAGUACCAGUGUAAGAAACACAAGUGUGCUGGUGAGAACAGCAGCAGCAAAUGAAGAUGCAGGGUUUGAAAUAAACUGUCAAGACUUUAAUGUUGACUUUCUAACAACAUCAGCACAUAUAACAUGUGUGACAUCAUUGUUGUUUGUGUAACUAUCUCUUUAAAAUGCUUUUACAUUUAUAGAUUAGAUCGUUUGAAAUAUGGAAGUUUUACAUAUUUGUAUUUCUAAUUGUUAAUAAUCCCAUAGAUUAGCCCCUAUUUAUAAUAUACAUAUUUACUGGUUCACAUCUGAAACAUCUUAUUAUUAUCAUAUUAUUAUUUACUUUAUACAUCAUUUGAACACUUGUCUUUUAUACAAUUUUAAAAUGUGUGACUUUAUGAAUUAUUCGUUGGGUCUCUAUAAUCCAUUUUAGUAAUGAUCUUUAUUACUCUUUUUUUGUAAUAUGAUGAUUGUGUUGUGAUUGUUUUAUAUGUAUGUCCCCAGACCUUUAAGCAAUAUAAAAGUGAGAGAAAAUGGCUGAAUUGUUUGUGGAAGGAAGUUUUAUUUUAUUUUUUUACAAAUUUACAUUUGUGGAUUAAACAAAAAUGUCCAUUAUCGGGUUUUAAACAUUUUUAAUGUACGGUUUCUUUUUAAACAUCCCCAACACAACAUCAAUAUCAAUCAAAGUUCGGAGUGUCAGGCAAAAGCCAAUAUUG